CCCGCGCGCACCCGCCACACGGACACGGCGGGCUGGGGACAGCCACGGCAGCGGCUCCCACACGGACAGACACACGGACACACGGACUGACACACGGACAGACACACGGACAGACAGCGGCACCGCCACAGCACCGGCACAGCGCUCCCCGGCACCGCCACAGCGCAGACACAGGGCGCAGUGGCACCGCACGCAUCCCCGCGGCACCGCACAGCGCAGCGCGGCAUCGGCAGCAGCGGAGGACGAGCAGCGCACGGCGCAGGGAGCCCCGGCCGGCGGCACUGCCCGGAGAUGUCGGGGAUGCUGGUGCUCGCUGCCUGGUGCUUCCUGCAAGUGGAGAGCCGGCAUCCUGAAAUCAUCACGAGUAACAGCAAUCAUGGCAAUUUCCUGGACAACGACAAAUGGCUGAGCACCGUUUCGCAGUACGAUAAAGACAAGUACUGGAACAAAUUCCGGGAUGAUGAUUAUUUCAGAAACUGGAAUCCAAACAAGCCGUUUGAUCAAGCCCUUGAUCCAUCCAAAGACCCCUGCCUGAAGGUGAAGUGCAGCCCCCACAAAGUGUGUGUCACCCACGACUACGAGACCGCGAUCUGCGUCAGCCGCAAGCAGCUGGUGCACAGCCUUCGACAAAAGAAAGGCAGCUUGUCCCAGAAGCACUGGGCUGGAGCAGCCAACAUAGCCAAGUGCAAGCCCUGCCCCGGGGCACACCCCAGCGCGGUCUGCGGCUCCGAUGGACACACCUACAGCAGCAAGUGCAAGAUGGAGUUCCAUGCAUGUACUUCUGGCAAAACCAUCACAGCUCGAUGUGAAGGGCCCUGCCCCUGCCUGCCAGGACCUGAAAGUUUAAAACACAAGACAGAGAAGACUGCUUGCACAGACAAAGAGCUGAGGAGCCUGGCCUCGAGGCUCAAGGACUGGUUCGGUGCCCUGCACGAGGAUGCCAAUCGUGUCAUCAAACCCACCAGCUCGGAGACAGCACAAGGCAGAUUUGACACCAGCAUCCUACCAAUCUGUAAGGACUCCUUGGGCUGGAUGUUCAACAAGCUUGACAUGAACUACGACCUGCUGCUGGAUCCCUCGGAGAUCAGUGCCAUCUACCUGGACAAGUACGAGCCGUGCGUCAAGCCGCUCUUCAACUCCUGCGACUCCUUCAAGGACGGGAAGCUCUCCAACAACGAGUGGUGCUACUGCUUCCAGAAGCCAGGGGGUCUUCCUUGCCAGAAUGAAAUGAAUAGAAUUCAAAAGCUAAGUAGAGGGAAGAGUCUGUUGGGUGCUUUCAUCCCGCGGUGCAAUGAGGAAGGUUAUUACAAAGCCACGCAGUGCCACGGCAGCACGGGGCAGUGCUGGUGUGUUGAUAAGUAUGGCAAUGAGAUAGCUGGCUCCAGAAAGCAAGGCACAGUCAGCUGUGAAGAAGAGCAAGAAACCUCAGGGGAUUUUGGCAGUGGUGGAUCUGUUGUAUUGUUGGAUGAUUUGGAAGAGGAACCUGAAGCAACAAAAAAAGACAAAGAAGGGAAACUGAAGAUUCAUGUAAGAGCAGCUAAUGAGGAUGAUGAAGAUGAAGAUGAUGAUAAGGAUGAUGAAAUUGGUUAUAUAUGGUAGUGCCCAUCAUAAUGAGGACUCACGUUUUGCACAAUAUUGCAACUCACAUCAUAUCUCUGCAAUUGUAUCUGAGAGUACCUGGCACAAAUAUUCCCUCUCUACUGAGUUUAAUUUUGUAUUGUCAGUUUAAUUUGGAUGACAACUAUUGUUUUUUUCCAGCAAGGACUGUUUGGAAUACAGCUUUUGUUCAGUUGGUUUGGGGGAUUUUUGUUCUGUCCACAGGGGCAAUGAGUUUUGUUUCAAAACCAUUUUGUGUCUUAAUCCUCACUUGAACCACUUAGGAAAUCCAUCCCGUGAAAGAAUCCUGGAAGGGGCUCAAAAAACAAUACAAAGGCUUAGAAGCCCCUCUCAUGUCAGAGAAUUUGUGUCAUAAAUUGUUACCUGGAUCAUAUCAGAAAACGUUUUUGCUUUCAUGAAGAAGGAAAAGUAGGUGCCUCAUUUUCUAGUCCAUAUUUAUAAUGUCCCAGUGAAGAGUAAGCCCCUCUGGACAGUGGCUGCUCAGUACCAAGGGUUUAAUCCAGAAGAAAACCCUCUGGCAGGACUUUCCCUUCCUUCCAUUCUCUGAGAAUGAGUCCAGUAGGCUUAGUCCAGCUCACACUGAAGGCAAAACUCCCACCAGGGCACAGAUCAGCUCACUGACACUCAUUUGAUAGAAGAACAUGGCCUUGAUCUUAAGAGAUGCUGAGAGCCUGCAGCUGUCCUGGACCAAGCCCUAGAGGCAGGGGACAGGCUCCACCUGCCUUUCAGAGUGUUUAAGGGGAGAAUAUUUGGUGAAUUUGUAGCAUCACAACCACCCCCAGAGCUGUUCCUCAGCUUCUGUCUGAGCUGGUUUGCACUAGGGGGAUUUUUAACAACACACAGGCAGCCUGUGCUUCCAGCUCACACACCACAGACCUGUCUGUUCUCCAUUUAACAACCUCCUUGCAAAGUCAGAAUGCUGUCAAACACACAGACCCUCAAAAGCAACUGUCACUUAUUUAAUGGAAAGACACCUGUUUAAAAAAGCAGCUUUAGGUGGUGAUAUUUCACAAGCAUAACCCCUUGGCUCAGUGUGACGCUGCACACUUGUAAUACACACUCCUAAAAAAGAAUGGCAUUAAAAUCCAAUCUAGGAUUCCCUCGAUACCUCCCAUGUAUUCAAAGCUCCUGUAUCAGAGCAUAUUGACAUUACAUUAUUUGCAGUGUCCUUUUCCAUGGCAGUUCUUGGGUGCAGUAAUGUGCUGUGCUGAUCUUUUAUUAUUUUUGCUAUUUUAUGAAGCAGCAAGAGGAACCUUAACCCCACUCUGGCAUCAGGAUGCAGGUGAAAGUAUUUUAGCAGUGCCUGUGGUUGGCCAGUGGGUUAUUCUGCAGAAAAACAUGUUUUUUAUAACAAAAACUAAUUAGAUUUUUUUUCUGAGUUAAUGGUGGAUAUGGAGGUGGAGACAGCAUUGAGUCACAACAUGGUUGACUACAUAGUCAGUUGAAAGCUGGAAAAUACCACACAGGUUGGCAGAAGGCAGUUUUUGGAUACAUUGGCCUGGGGAUGUUGGCACUCAGCCCUCUCCAAAGCCAGUGCCCUCCUGGCAGCCCUCUGGGUAGAACCUCUGCUUUCAGACAUGAUCACAAGUGGAAUUCCUUUCAGGUAUCAUGUGCUGAAGGGGCUCUCCUGUUUUCUCCUCUUUUUUUCCUAUUUAUCCAGAUCAAUGACCUCAGAACAAAGAGCGAGCCUGCAUAAUCGUUAUUAAUGCAGAAGGAUGUGUAAAACCAUGAGGAAUUUGUUGUUUCAUGCCCCUGCAUCCUCCCAAAAAUCUGCCAUCACAGUCAUUUGCAGAAGGCUUGCAAUCUGCCCUGCCUCAAACAAAUCCCUUUGGUUUUCCCAUAGCUUUACAAAAAUAUAUUUAAUAAUCAUAUUCCAUGAGCUACACUGCACACAGACACACACACACACUUUUUCUAUUUGCCUUUCACAGAAAUCCUGCCAACUUGCAGGAGGAGCAGAUAAUCCAGCAUUUCUGUCUCCUAAAUAAGAUUUUGUGAGAAGCAAUCUAGCACUGGCAGUAGUUCCUUCUCAAACCUCCUGUCUAGUUUUCCUCUGGUAUUUUCUUAAUUAACCCCACACUCUUUGGGUCAGGCUCUGCUGUCCUGUGCAAGACCUGCCUGAGGCACAGAGCUGCCAUUUCAUUCUGACAUAAAUCUGAGCCCUACAAUCAGCAGACUGUGCUUAUCCUCCUGCCUGGACUCAUUCUGCACACAGAGCUGGGGGGUUUGGGCAGUCCUGUGUCCCCACAAUGGCUUAUCCUGGGCUGUGCCUUACAUCAAAGGUCAGAGCAAAUCCCUUCUCCUGCCCAGCACCUCCCCAGGGUGAAGCCUGUCAGUCCAAGCCCUUGCAGGCAGUGCCAGGUCCGAGGCUGCAGGGGGCUGUGUCACAUGUAAAAGAGCAAGAUAGUGAAAUUAAAGCUGUUAAAUAAGCCUUUAAAAGUGAAUGUGAACAUCUUUGAGUUUACAUGCACAGACAUGGCAGCACCACCCACUGGUGGUCUCCUGGCUGUGAUCUUUUGCAUGCCAUGCUUCCAAAUCAGAGCUGCACGGGUUUAUAUCUGCCCCAGCCUCACCAGCUCAGGCGUGGGCUGGGUCCCAGUGGAACAGCUCCGUGCCCAGCACAGCCUGGAGAGAGGGCAGGGGCCCUGGCUGGCUGGGUGGGCUCUGGCAGCACAUCCCCCUGCCCCCAGGAACACAAACACAACUGUUCUGAGCCUGCUGCCUGCAUCCAGGCUGAUCCCCUCUCAAGGUGGCUGUUCAGUCCUGUUUGACUUGUGCAGGUGUUCUGGCUCCAGCCAGCAUGGGCAAUGUGACAUUCCAUGGGCUGGAAUGGCACAUGCAGGGCAGCAGUGCCCACCCCAGGGUCCCAGCAGGGCACAGGCUGGCAAAGAGCAGCUCAGACUCUGGAUUGCUUUGAGAGCAAGUUCCCAAAUCCUGCAAAGCUGUUUAACAAAGCCCUUUUGUGAUCCACUGGCAUCCUCCUGUGGUGGGGGAUCUGCAGCCUCUAUAUACAUAUGUAUAUCUCUGUGUGACUGUAUAUAUACAUAUAUGCACAGAUAUGUGUGUGCAUAUGUAUGUGUGUGUCCAGUUUGGGGAGAUGCAUUAAGAAAAACUAUUUAAUGAACUAGUGAUAAAGAAACCAGCGAUUCCACGAAGAACCAGUGCUCUUCCAGAUCAGGCCCCUUCCAUUCUUCAUGCUUUGUAAAGGUUUUAAUUUGCUUCCAACUUAAAUUAAUUCAAUUUCUUUCUUUUUCUCUUUUCUUUUUUUUUUUUUUUUUUUUACAAAGCAGGACUUACUUCCCAUCUGAAUCAAAUCAUUGGCCUUCCAAACAUUUUCUCAUCAUGAAAAAUGGAAUCUGACGUGUCCCAUUCUUUUAGAAACACAAACCAAUUUUUAAUCUCCUUUUCUUUUCAUUUUACAGUCUAUGAGAUACUGUUAGGCACUGCUUUAUGUUUCUUUUAACUGCUGUAGUUCAAUCAAAGUGUUGAGUUCAGAUUUCAGCACAGCUGGGUUUUUUGGGUCAUUACUGGCCUUUGCUGUGAACACAAAGAAUCCUCUUUAUUUUCUUUGCCUGUAUCCUGUACUAUUAUUUUGAACCAUUUGAAGUGUUUAUUUAAUAUUUAUUCCACAGUUUAUAUUGAAGAUGUAAAGUUUAUAUUUAAAACAACACUGUUUGUUAGUGAAUGCUUCUCUUUGCCUCUCCAGCCUAGUCUGUUAGUCUCAGUGUACAUUUCUGGCAUGGGAAUAUUUUGAUAUUAGGAGUUUUGUAGCCUUUUCUCCCUCAAGCAGCAGCUGAAGUAGCUCUAAGGUCACCACCUGACCCAGACCAGGUCGCUCAAGCUUCGCUUCCUCCGUUUGUUGGCUUCUCUCGCGGUCCCUCCUGUAUCCCAUCCUUUCAUCCACAGACUGCUUUGUACAGUUACUACACAUCAAAAAGCCCUUUCUACAGUAGGUGGGUUUUGGUCUUUUUAUACUUUUCUCAAUGCUGUUGAUGUCUGUUACUGUUCAAUGUGUAGAUCUGUAAGGAGAGAUCCGAAUAUUACGUGUUUCAGUUCGAUGUCCCUACUGUAGAUGGAUGUAGACUAUCAUAGUAAGUAGAACUGCAUAGUAAAUUCUGAAUGCUUUUUCCAUAAGGAGUUAAGUGGAAUGUGAGCAUUUUGCUACCUUUGGUUAACUGUAAAUGCUUAACUGUAGUCUGAAAUAGUUGCAUUUUUGUCUGUCUCAAUAAAUUUUAAUUUGUCUGCGA